GCCCCUGCCGGCAUGACUACAACGUCCGUUUUGGUGGGAGCUGUUGCGAGUCAUAUGGCCACCAGAAUACGAAAUGACGACGACUCGGACGGAGCAGUGUACCUGCCGCCGGUUCAAAGCGAACCAGUCAUCCGGCUGCUACAGCCGAUGAUUACUGGCAACGACGUGCCUGUUUCGCAAUACUACGAAGAGCUGAGCAAUCCUGACAGCCGGCUGCAAGAUGCAGUAAUGGAAACAGGAGAUGACGGCACAACCACCCCGCAGCCUCCUGAUUCAAAUGAAAUGCCUGGUGCGUGCGCAGCCAAUGAUGCCUCAAGCCAGCCACCCCAUGCUCCUUGCAGUGCUGGCGCAAACUCCACCAGGAAAGACAGUGCGCCACUCGACGCUGUGCAGAUUCCAGUUGCUACUACAAGACCAUCUAGUAGCAGAAUGGCGCUAUUGGAAAAGACACUUUCGGAGGAAAACGACAUUCGCGUCAAUUUAAUGCGCGAGGAGCAUGGACUCCGAAUGAGGAUUUUGCAGGAGGACCACGAUGACGUAUUAAAAAAAAUAAAUGAAAAGCAUAAAUUAGAUAUGGAGAUUUUGCAAGCGCGAAAAGAAGCAGAAUUGCGUAAAGUGGUGGUGUUACGCGAGCAAUAG